AUGUCAGUUGAGUCCAAGUCAAUACACCCUCCACCUGGUCUGCAUACAACGGCUGGCGAAGAGGACCUGCCUGUUCCCCAUGACGCGGGGAAAUCCUGGAGGACCGGAGAACAUCUCGUUCUGCCACAUAACAAUCUCCCGCUUGUCUUCAUCUCCUUCAUGCUAACUACGUUUCUGGCGGCUUUAGAUCAGACGAUCGUCGCAACGGCCCUCCCCACGAUAGUGGCUGACCUGAAUGGAGGAAACAACUAUUCAUGGGCUGGCAGCGCCUAUUUGCUCGCAUCAGCAGCUCUGGGUCCGCUCUACGGAAAGCUAGCGGACAUCGUGGGACGCAAGCUGGUCAUCUACCCUGUCAUCGUCAUCUUUCUCAUCGGGUCCGCUCUGUGUGGUGCGGCCCAGAACAUGACCUGGCUGAUCGUGGCACGCGCUAUCCAAGGCAUUGGUGGGGGCGGCAUCUUUCAGAUGGUUCAAAUCGUCAUGGGAGAUAUAAUCACGUUGGAAGAACGAGGAAAAUACGGCGGGUACCUAGAAACGGUCUGGGGUAUUGCGUCCAUCAUCGGCCCACUCGUCGGCGGUGCAUUCACUGAUCACGUUUCGUGCUUCUGGGUAAACUUACCGACUGGAGGGGUCGCCCUCGCGCUUUUGUUCUUCACCCUUCAUCUGAAUCCACAUCAUGGUAAACCCUUCCGUGAACACGUCAGGGAAUUUGACUUUGUUGGGCUUUUCCUGCUCAUUGCUGCUAUUGUCUGUCUCCUCCUUGGAUUCAACCAAAGCGAGAUCAGCUGGAGCUCUCCGUCGACUAUUGCACUUCUCGUGGUCGGCUGUUCACUUGUCGUUGUGGCCACGCUCUGGGAAAUGUGGACGACACGAUCGCCCAUCGUCCCCCCUCGCAUAUUUAAAACGAGGACGACGGCGAUACUCCUAAUAAUCAGCUUUUUGCACUCACUGACAUUCUUCUCCGGGACGUUCUACCUGCCUGUGUAUUUUCAGGUGCUGGGAGCCUCAGCCACCAAGGCUGGUCUUCAGAUGCUGACGUUCACCCUCAGCGCUUCGUUCUCGUCCGCGGCCUCUGGCUUUGCCGUCGGACCUCUGGGAGACUACAGGAUCGUGAUGUGGCUAUCCUUCCUGGUGAUGGCUUUGGGAUACGGCUUGAUGAUACUGCUAGACGAUACCUCGUCGCUUGCGAGGCAAGAAAUAUUCCCUUUACUUUCAGGGCUUGGUUUGGGCGGUCUGUGGCAGGUGCCGAUCAUCGGUAUGCAAGCCGCUAUGCCGCUACGAGACAUGGCCACCAGCACCUCUGCGCUGCUUUUUGUCCGGCCCCUUGGCUCUACGAUCGGCGUGUCGAUCGGGCAGGCUAUCUGGACGACGGAACUCCAAAAACGCAUCUCGAAGCUCCCCGAUUUCGACCUGGGCAUCUCCACUGGCGCCGACGCGCUGGCCGACAGCGUGCGGCGGCUGAAAGACAUCCAGCCAGACAGCCUGCGCCGGCAGGUGGUGCACGCAUACACGAAGAGCCUGUCCACCAUAUGGAUCGUCGAUACGCCCCUGUUGGUCGUCUGCUUUGUCAUGGCGCUGUUUCUGAAGAACUACGACUUGAAGCAGCGUGUCAUACGGGCUCCGAGGAGGGGCGCGCCGUCUCAGGCUGACGUUGAAGGAGCGCGGGAUACCACUUUCGUGAACGGGGACACUGACGUCAACAACGAAAAGGAGGAUGUCGACGAAGCAGGGCCCUCGCGAGAUGUGUAG